GGUCUUUCUACUAGGCGAAUCUGCCGAGCGCAAACUCCAGAUAUGCGUUUGCGGUUUAAGACAUGGCUGAUGAUUUAGGAGACGAGUGGUGGACCCAGGGCGAUAAUUCAGAUGUGCCAGAGGUAGAGGAGGACACAGAGCCUGCAGAAGAAAAACAACAACCGAUUAAAUCCACACCAAAGAAAAGGAAGGGUGAAAAACAGAUUCCAGAUGCCACAAAGAAAAAGAAGAAGGCAACAGUUAAGAAAGAAUGUUUCAUCACGCAAGAGAGAUCAGAGGAAAAGCCUGAUAACGAGUCUAACAAAAACAAGAAGAGAAGAAAGAAGAAGAAAACUAUUACAGAUGUCCUGACAAGCUCUAAGCCUGUGCCCGGCUCUCCAGUUGACCUUGUGAGCCUUCUGAAGACUUACCACAGCCAGACCCGCUCUGUUAUAGAGCUGGAGGACCUGACGUUACAGGAUUCUUGUUUCCUAAGCUGUAAUGACCUCACACACAGCUUGUCUUCAUACCUUAAAGAAGUUUGUCCAAAGUGGGCUAAAAUGCAGAAACAGCACACCCAGACCAGCUCAGUGGUUUUGCUAAUUGUUUGUGGAUCUGCUUUAAGAACCAUUGAUCUCAUUAAGCAGCUGGUGACAUUCAAAGGACAAGCUAAAGUGCUGAAGCUGUUUGCAAAACACAUCAAAGUGGAAGAACAGAUAAAGUCAUUGAGUAAAGGUGUGACCCAUAUUGCUGUUGGAACUCCUGGGAGAAUCUGUGCGCUGUUAGAGAAAGAGGGUUUGACUGUGCAAGGACUGCGGUAUCUGGUGCUGGACUGGAACUACAGAGACCAGAAGCAAAGGAGGAUGGUGGAUGUACCAGAGGUGAAAACAGACUUACUGAAAAUGAUGGACCAAGGUCUAAUCCAGAGCUGCAGAGAAGGAAUGGUUAAAAUAGGACUCUUCUGAAACUCUUCUGUUAUUUAAAACUUUAUGUUCAACAUAUUUGAAAGAGAGAUUGUUGUGUACUUUAUUGCCAUAUGUCUGCUACAAGUGAAAAAACAAGCUAUGAGUGUUUUUUAUUAUUAGAAAUAAAACAAAUCUGG